AUGGUUGAUCGAAAACGUGAUCAAGGCAGAGGACAUUCGCAGUUGGUUGUUGUCGGCUUGCAGUCGAAACUAGCUUCUGUCAGUAAACAUUUUCAGAAUGUGCUCGAGCUGAGGACCGAGAAUUUGAAGCAGCAGAAAUCAAGACGUGAGAAGUUCAGUCAAUGUCAGCCAGUGCCUUCAACUCUGCCACCGUCAGUCAGCACUGGCAAUAGUCAGUGUUUGGAAGUU